AUGUCUGUCGAUCCCAACCUUUUGACACCAUUCAAGAACACUGGCGCGAAUGCGUCGCUUCGCCAAAUCUCCGAGGAUGCCUUCUACGUCGUCAAUGAAGUCGUCAUGAAGCGUCUUGGACAUGUGCCGAUUCUCAAGGGCGAUUUCCAUUUGCUUCCCGCCAAAGUGCAACGCUUCAUCGCCGAAAAGGUCGAGUUGAUGCGCCCGCGUGGGAUUUUCAUUUGCGACGGAACGCAACAUGAAGCCGACGAGUUGAUCGACAAACUGAUUGAGCGCGGAAUGCUCUCGAAACUUUCGGCCUAUGAGAACAACUACAUUUGCCGCACCGAUCCAAAGGAUGUUGCUCGUGUUGAGUCGAAGACUUGGAUGGUCACCAAGGACAAACACCAGACGGUGUGCCGCACCAAGGAAGGCGUCGAGCCGAUCAUGGGACACUGGAUGUCGCCGGAAUCGCUCGCCACCGAGCUUGACUCGAGAUUCCCCGGAUGUAUGGCCGGACGCAUCAUGUACGUCAUUCCAUUCUCGAUGGGACCUGUCGGAGGACCAUUGUCAAAGAUUGGAGUCCAACUUACCGACUCGAACUACGUUGUGCUCUCGAUGAGAAUCAUGACGAGAGUGUGUCCAGAAGUGUGGGAUGCCCUCGGCAAUCAAGACUUUGUCCGCUGUAUUCAUUCCGUCGGACUUCCGAGACCCGUCAAGCAACGCGUCAUCAAUCACUGGCCAUGCAAUCCGGAGCGUGUGCUGAUUGCCCACCGACCACCGGAGAGAGAGAUCUGGUCGUUCGGUUCGGGAUACGGCGGCAACUCGCUUCUCGGCAAGAAGUGUUUCGCGCUUCGCAUCGCCUCGAACAUUGCCAAGGACGAAGGAUGGAUGGCCGAGCACAUGCUCAUCAUGGGUGUGACUCGUCCGUGCGGACGCGAGCACUUCAUUGCCGCCGCUUUCCCGUCGGCGUGCGGAAAAACCAAUUUGGCGAUGCUUGAGCCGACGCUUCCCGGCUGGAAGGUUCGCUGCGUCGGUGACGACAUCGCGUGGAUGAAGUUCGGUGACGACGGUCGUUUGUACGCCAUCAAUCCCGAAGCGGGAUUCUUUGGCGUCGCGCCAGGAACAUCGAAGAAGACGAAUCCGAUGGCGGUCGCCACGUUCCAGAAGAAUUCCAUCUUCACCAAUGUCGCCGAGACCGCCAACGGCGAGUACUUCUGGGAAGGGCUCGAGGACGAGAUCUCGGAUCCGACCGUCGAGAUCACCACGUGGCUCGGUGAGAAAUGGCACAUCGGCGAUCCGGGACUCGCUGCUCAUCCGAACAGCCGUUUCGCGGCUCCCGCCAGCCAAUGCCCGAUCAUCCAUCCGGAUUGGGAGAGUCCGCAGGGAGUGCCAAUCGAGGCGAUCAUUUUCGGCGGACGUCGUCCACAAGGUGUGCCGCUCAUUUUCGAGAGCAACUCGUGGGAGCACGGAGUCUUCACUGGCGCCUGCUUGAAGUCGGAGGCGACCGCCGCCGCCGAGCACACCGGCAAGUCGGUGAUGCACGAUCCGAUGGCGAUGCGUCCGUUCAUGGGAUACAACUUCGGAAAAUACCUCCAGCAUUGGCUUGACCUGAAAACCGAUGGAAGAAAGAUGCCAAAGAUUUACCACGUGAACUGGUUCCGCAGAGACGCCAACAACAAGUUCUUGUGGCCAGGAUACGGAGACAACAUUCGCGUCAUCGACUGGAUCAUUCGCCGUUUGGACGGAGAGGACAACGGAGUCUCCACUCCGAUCGGAACCGUUCCAGCGAAGGGAUCGAUCAACCUCGAAGGACUCGGCGAAGUCAACUGGGAUGAGCUGAUGUCGGUGCCGGCUGACUACUGGAAGGCUGAUUCGGUCGAAGUGCGCAAGUUCCUUGACGAGCAAGUCGGAGAGGACCUUCCGCAACCAAUUCGCGCUGAAUUGGAAGCGCAAGAGAAGAGAAUCGCCGCAUUGUAA